AUGCUCGUUGAAUCGGAGCCAGGACACCAGCAGGCCAGCAAUGCUGUUCAGGAAACCGGGAAUGAUGUUCUUCGAGCAGGCAUGUACGACAACGCACACGAUAGCACUUACAUGGACAUCGACAACUAUGAUGGUGGCAGCGAGCUUCCUGCAGUGGGUUUGGUCGCACAUGUGGGCACGGCCAAUGCAGGCAUUUCGAGCACUGCAAUUGAAGCCGGAAAUGGCGCGAAUGGAAUCACGGCAGAUAGAGCAGUGUCAUCCGAUGAUAUCCCUGAUCCAGGAUGUCUAGCCUUGGAUAACAUACCAGAAGACCCGGCUGAAAUUCCGGAGGUUGAUCGCGAACACGCAAACAUCAUCCGUAUGGCACCUCCGGAAUAUGUAGGCUUGGACGAAUUAUCCGAUCUUGCACAGCUUUCCGAGAUGAAGCUGUCGAUGGAAUUUAUCCGUGCGCUCGAGCAGGCAUCUUUGGAUGACGAGGGAAUGCGACUCGAUGCAGACACACUGGAGCGCCUUCGCAACCCACCUCGCACCACUGUUGAUGUCACAGACCCGAGUCUACGUCUCGCGCUCGAUCUCUUCCUGGCUGUGGGCAAUUCGUCACAGGAGACAUAUAACACCGUUCGUGAUGCCAUCAUGCGACGCUACCCGGACGAUAUCCUGCCUUCAUAUGCGCAGAUCAAAUGUCAAGUUGCGGAACUCAGUGGUGUCGUCCCUCUCAUCCACGAUAUGUGCAUCAAUAGUUGUCUCGCUUAUACGGGCCCUUUCUCGGCACUCGAAACUUGUCCCAAAUGUGGAGAGUCACGGUAUGAUCCGAUUCAGCUUGCUGUGAGUGGUGGGCAGAAGAAGAUUGCACGUCAGGAAUUUCACACCAUACCGAUAGGCCCGCAACUACAAGCACUUCGCCGAGAUCCUGCCAGUGCAACGGCUCUCAAUUAUCGUGCAAAACGGACUGAAGAAAUUCUUGAGACACUCCAGCAGAAUGACGGCAAUCUGCCGGCAUACGAGGACCUGUUGGAUGGGAGUGACUAUCUUAGUGCAGUUGCGGAUGGUCGUAUAAAGUCUGAUGACAUCGUUCUCAUGCUUUCCCUUGAUGGAGUGCAGCUUUACAGGAACAAGGCUUCAGAUUGCUGGAUAUAUAUAUGGGUGGUCUUCGAUCAUGCACCUGAUGUGCGCUACAAGAAGAGACAUGUCUUGACAGGUGGUUUCAUUCCGGGUCCAAACAAACCCAAAAAUGUCGACUCAUUCCUCUUUCCGGGACUCCAUCAUCUUGCAGCUCUCCAACGAGAAGGAUUAGGCAUGGGGGAUGCUGCACGAGACACCACUUUCCUUUCCCACCCGUUCCUUGCACUCGAAACGGCAGACGGUCCUGGUAUGGUAUAUCUGAAUGGUUUUGUCGGACACCACGGACGACGGGCAUGUCAACUGUAUUGUGAUACAAAUGGAUGUCACAAGCCAGGCGGCUCUCACUACUAUCCAGCACUGCUCAAGCCUCUGGAUUAUGAUGUAGAGGGUUGCGACCACAAUGAUAUCAAUAUACACAGUCUUCCAGCAUGCUCGUCGGAAAAAUACAUGGAGAAUCUUCGAUACCUCAUGAUGUCAUCCAGUGAGACACAGUAUUGCAAGAGGCGUCUUGAGACAGGAAUAACAAAGCCGAGUAUAUUCCUGGGGUUUUCACUGCAGCAUACCCUUGGUAUUCCUGGUUCCUUUGGAUCGGACAUCAUGCAUCUGGCAUCACUUAAUCUGCCUGAUCUGCUCAUUCCCCUGUGGCGUGGUACUUUCGAAUGUGACAAGACUGACAGUAAAGCAACCUGGGAUUGGGCGGUUCUUCAAGGCGACAGAUGGAAGAUCCAUGGGCAAGCUGUUGCUGAUGCAACACCAUACCUUCCUGGAUCAUUUGACCGCCCACCACGCAAUCCCGCAGAAAAAAUCUCCAGUGGAUACAAGGCCUGGGAGUUUCUCAUAUACAUCUUUGGAUUGGGACCUGGCUUGCUCUAUGGAAUACUCCCUGACAAGUACUGGAAGAACUUCUGCAAGCUUGUGGGUGGAAUACGACUAAUCAACCAGCACAAAAUCACACGUAAUGAUCUACAGCAGGCUCAUAAAUUGCUUCUGCAAUUCUGUAUCGAAUUUGAACUUCUGUACUAUCAAAGGCGUGUUGAUCGACUCCACUUUGUCCGGCCCUGUGUUCACUCGCUACUUCAUCUUGGCACUGAAGUGGUUAGAGUGGGCCCUCCUAUAUGCUCCUCACAGUGGACCAUGGAGCAUACAAUCGGCAACCUUGGUCAGGAGAUACGACAGCCAUCAAACCCUUUUUCCAAUCUAUCGCAGCGUGGACUUCGUCGUGCUCAAGUGAAUGCACUCAAGAGCAUGAUACCUGAUUUAAAGCCAAUGGAGGACAGCCUUCCAAAGCAUGCAAUCAAUCUUGGUUCUGGAUAUGUUCUACUGCGUGCCAGGCAGAGAACAGCGACACCUCUUCGUGACUGUGAGGCUGUGGCACUCACUACCUAUGUACACGACACAUUGGGACUCACAUGCAAUCUGAGCUCCUUCAUGGCACCAUCAGUUCAACGAUGGGCACGCCUUCGACUUCUGAAUGGUCAAGUUGCUCGGUCGGCCUGGAAGGAGAAGAUGAAAGCACUUAAAAAUUUUCAGAUCGGGAAUGAAUUGCACUUCGGAGAAGUGCUUUUCUACUUUCAGAUUUCCGUCAAUAAUGAGAUCAAGUCACUCGCACUCAUCUCACUUUAUUCACGACCGCACGCUGGUCUCCUUGAGUCUUCCUCGUACACACUAUGGUCAUGUGCAUACCAAGGAGAUGCAGCGCUUCAAAUUGUCGAUGUGAACACAAGUUUGGCGGUCGUUGCAAUGGUUCCACAUAAUCCAUUUGGGGAUGCUGACCAUCAUUUUUUUGUGGUCGAAAAACCUGGGCUUGAUGUGGCACACAUGGGUGGAAAUGAUGAACUGGACAUUAACGAAGGUCAACUUCUCGUCGAACCCCAUGUCAGUGAGAUGUCAUCGCAAGCACGGCAUUGGCCUUAUGGCCGCUCUCAACCUGGCUAUGGGGGUGGACUGGCUGCUGCCUAUGUUCUAGAUGCUACCGGAGAAAUGUACAGUGACGGUGCAACCUCUCCUACACCAUCGUCAGCAUCCCCAGGCCCUCUCUCUCAAUCUCUUCUCAUGGGUGUGGACGAACAAGACAAUAGUUUCGCCAUGAACACCAAGCACACUCUUUCACAUCUACGGUCUUUUCCUGUAAAUACAUCUCAAGUUACUCCAACUAACACUAAUAUUUCGACAAUUAAUCAUCUUAAUGCACCAUUCAUUUCAUCUAGUUCCAGUCCCUUUCCUUCGUCUCAUAAUAGCAUGUUCUCCCACUCUCUACAGCGUGACAUUCUUGUUCUCCAUACUGAGAAGGCCACAAUGAUGGCGGCAUACCAGACUCUUGCGGAGGCCAUCCCCCAAGCACUAUCAGUAACUAAUCCCUUUAAUCUGACGAUAUCCACCUCCUCUACAUCAACCAUCCCUUCUGCUUCCUCCUCUCUUCCUCCUGUAAUGCAAGAUGACUACCCGCAUGUCAAAUGGUGGACCAAGGAGAGUUGGACAAAGCGCGCCGUGAGACCGGAGCCAUACAAGGGUAACAACAUGAUGUUGUAUGUUGAAGAAGCGGAUGGCACUCCAAUCAGCGGUGCACGUGUAGACGAGAUCCGAAAGGUCGCCAGGUCAAUUUGGGCGCAUCUUGCAAGCAUCCAACUCACACCACUGACGUGGGGAAAGGCAAGUGUUGUUGCAGCGCGAUUGUACAAUGACGAGAUGGCCAGAACAUUCCCGGAGCUUCAAUAUUGUGCAUCGAACUGGAAGGCGGAACAAAUCGGCAUCGACAACUACCCGUCAUGGCGGAACUAUCGAGCACGCAAGGCAGCUGGCGUCAAACAAGAAGAAGUAGAUCCCACGGCUGUAGAAGUGUCACCACGCAAGAGCAAGCGUGGCCAUCGAGAUGAGACCGAGAACGACACCCAGUCGAUCGCGCCGGCAAGUAAGAAGACAAAGACAGAGUCAUCGAAGACAGCUCUGAUCUCGGUUACCACGAGCGAGGAGCUGCUGAGGAGCUUGGAUGACGAGUCCGAUGCUUCCCCGUCAGAUAACACAAGCAUAAGCAUUGUGGCGGAGAAACCUGGAUGCACAUCCGACAAGGGUAAAGGACGUGCCGUUGAACUCAAGCUUCGCAAUCCACUGAGUUCCAUCACGGCGGGAAACAUCGUUCAUUCGGAGACACUAUAUGCUGCUGCCGUGGUACCUAAUAAUGUGCCUAUCACUACGCCGGUAUCGCGCGAAGUUGGCGCAACUCCAAGUCUCGCCGCGACGAGCGCUCCCUCGGCACCGCCUCCAUCGAGCACACCGCCGAAUGUACCUAUCUCCCUCGAUCAUCCUGUCGUCACUUCCGUUGACCUUGUAUCGUCGUCAUCGGGCUCCGCGACUGUUCCUACAGCUCAGUCUGACGAGCCAUCUGACUUGUUCUCCAUGGUGGCCCCCCCAACAGAGCAAAGUGUGGAUCUAGCUGCGUCAGCAGGCUGCAAUCCUGGCGACACGGACAGCAUUCCGGCCAUACCUAAAUUCACAAUGUCAUCUCAUACCUCCAACAUCGAAGCCCAGGCUCUCCUCAAGGGUCCCGCAAAGAGGACCAAACACGCUAAGAUGCGUCCGGGCGAUACAGUCACGCCGAGGAACUUGUGCGCUGUAACGUGGAUCAAGGCGCACCCUGACGGGACUACAGCCGAGUUUAAACAAUAUUUUGAUCUCCUUCCGGCUGAGGAGAGGAAGCCUUUCGAAGAAGAAUCGAAGCGCCUGAAACAGACAGGAAUUGCCCGUCUCAGCGUCAUGAGCUCCACGAUGUCGGGCAGUGCAGCCUGA